UGGAAAUGGCGACCGGAAGAUUAUUCCGAGAGAUACAAUUACCCGAGCAAAAAUCAUAUGACGACGGCAUUAUCUUCCCAUUGGUAUUAUCCCCAAACACUGCACAAGUAAAACUUUGUGCUUUUAAAGAAGCUAUUAGAGAUCACAAGCCAUGGCUGGAAUCUCUACUCCAGAAAAAUGGUGCUAUACUCUUCCGCGACUUCCCUGUUAUCUCUCCUUCUGAUUUCAACGACGUUGUUGAAGCUUUCGGCUUCCCAGAGUCACUCUAUGUUGGAGGCCGAGCCUCUCGGACCAAAGUCAUUGGCCGGAUUUACACCGCGAAUGAAUGCCCUCCGGAAAUGCGAAUUCCUUUCCAUCAUGAGAUGACAUAUGUUCCGGAUUGUCCGUCCAAGUUAUUUUUCUUUUGCGAAGAAGAACCAGGAAGCGGGGGAGAGACCCCGAUAGUAUUGAGUCAUAUUAUAUAUGAAAAGAUGAAAGAGACACACCCGGAUUUCGUUUCACGACUCGAGGAGCAUGGAGUGACUUAUAUAAUGAUGAUGAGUAAUGAGGACCACCCAUCUUCUUUUACUGGCACUAGCUGGAAGUCGGCAUACAUGACCGAUGACAAAAAAGUUGCUCAACAAAGGGCUGCAAAGCUGGGAACAAAGCUGGAAUGGACCGAGAAUGCUGUAAAAACUAUAACAGGUCCAUUACCGGCCAUUAGAUUCGACAAGGGAAGUGAACGCAAAACUUGGUUCAAUAAUCUGACUGGCCCCGUCAAUGGUGAAGAUAAAAUCUACGAUAAGGAUAUAUUUAUCGAGCUCGGAAAUGGUGAGGUGGUGCCUGAUGAGGCCAUGAGAGAUUGCUUGAGAAUCUUGGAAGAAGAAUGUGUAAGCAUUCCUUGGAAGAACGGCGAUAUUAUGCUUGUUAAUAACCUGAUGGUCCUUCACAGCCGAAUGCCACUAUUGAAACCGCCUCGCCGCAUCCUUGCAUCCCUUUGCAAGUGAAUAAGUGAAGCAUCAGUGGCGCAUAUACCUUAGAACAAGGGGUACUACCCCUUAAUACCCGUCGGUAGUGUAAUUUUUUUGAAAAUUUGACGUUUUUUCGAUUUUGCUGCUCCUAUGGAUAUUUUUUUUAUGAAACGUUGCCCCUAUAAUUAUUUUCUAGAUCCACCACUCUGAUGCGUGAUACUUUUUACUGAUAAUCUUUCUUAACCUCAAACCAAAAUAUAUGUAGUCUUCGUCUCUAACGCAUGGCUUUAUUGAAAUAUAAUUUCAUACCUUAAAUGACCUUAAA